AUGGACACAGUAAAUGUCUCAGUGGUGACUGAAUUCAUUCUGGUAGGAUUUUCAGACCAGCCUGAUCUCCAAAUACCCCUGUUCUUUCUGUUUCUAGCAAUGUAUCUUACCACUGCAUUGGGAAAUUUGUGUUUGAUAUUUCUAACUGUGCUGAAUUCUCACCUCCACACUCCUAUGUACUUUUUUCUCUUUAACUUGUCCUUUAUAGACCUCUGCUAUUGUUCUGUGUUCACUCCCAAAAUGCUGAUAAACUUUGUAUUAAAGAAAAAUGUAAUUUCUUACAAUGAAUGUAUGACCCAAGUCUAUUUCUUUUGUUUUUUUGUUAUUUCUGAGUGCUAUGUGUUGACUUCAAUGGCCUAUGAUCGCUACAUGGCCAUCUGUAACCCAUUGUUGUAUAAUAUUGUCAUGUCUCCUACAUUAUGUUUGAAUCUUAUGCUUGGUUCAUACUUUAUUGCAUUUUCUGAUGCUGUAGCUCACACUGUGUGCAUGCUGAGACUGACCUUCUGUGAUGCCAACACCAUUAACCACUAUUUCUGUGAUAUUCCUCCUUUGCUCCAGCUUGCAUGCACAAGCACAUACGUCAACGAAUUUGUCAUUUUUGUUGUUGGGAGCAUCAACAUAAUUGUUCCUACUUCUACUAUCUUUAUCUCCUAUGGGUUCAUCCUUUCCAGCAUCGUCCACAUCAGUUCCUCUGAGGGCAGGUCCAAAGCCUUCAGCACCUGCAGCUCUCACAUCAUUGCUGUUUUUCUGUUCUUUGGUUCAAGUGCACUUGUGUACUUCAAACCCUCCUCAGCUGGGUCUUUGAAUGAAAGAAAAAUCUCUUCUGUCUUUUAUACCAAUGUGGUCCCCAUGUUGAAUCCCUUAAUCUACAGCUUAAGGAACAAAGAUAUUAAAGUUGCCUUUAGAAAAACCCUGAGCAGCAGGAAGUUCUAA